GCAGCUUCGGGGUGGUUUACCAGGCAAAACUGUGUGAUACGGGCGAGCUGGUGGCGAUCAAAAAAGUGUUGCAAGACAAGCGAUUUAAGAACCGGGAGCUGCAGAUAAUGAGGAAGCUGGAACAUUGCAACAUCGUGAAACUAAAAUACUUCUUCUACUCGAGUGGGGACCAGGCCGACGAGGUGUACCUCAACCUGGUGCUCGAGUACCUGCCCGAGACGGUGUACAAGGUAUCGCGCCACUACAACCGCUCCCGCCAGACCAUCCCCAUCAGCUUCAUCAAGCUGUACAUGUACCAGCUGUUCCGGUCGCUGGCGUACAUCCACUCGCUGGGCAUCUGCCACCGGGACAUCAAGCCGCAGAACCUGCUGCUGGACCCGGAGUCGGGCGUGCUGAAGCUGAUCGACUUCGGCAGCGCCAAGGUGCUGGUGGCCGGCGAGCCGAACGUGUCGUACAUCUGCUCGCGCUACUACCGCGCGCCCGAGCUAAUCUUCGGCGCUACCAACUACACGACCAACAUCGACGUCUGGAGUGCCGGCUGCGUGCUGGCCGAGCUGCUGCUGGGCCAGCCCAUCUUCCCGGGGGACAGCGGUGUCGACCAGCUGGUCGAGAUCAUCAAGGUGCUGGGCACGCCCACGCGCGAGCAGCUGGGCGAGAUGAACCCCAACUACACCGAGUUCAAGUUCCCGCAGAUCUGCGCCCACCCCUGGCAGAAGGUGUUCCGGGCGCGCACGCCGCCCGAGGCCAUCGAGCUGGUGUCACGGCUGCUGCAGUACACGCCCACCAGCCGCGCCUCGCCGCUGCAGGCGUGCGCGCACCCCUUCUUCGGCGAGCUGCGCGAGCCGCAGGCGCGCCUGCCCAGCGGCCGCCAGCUGCCGCCGCUCUUCAACUUCACCGAGCAGGAGCUGAAGGUGUGCCCGUCGCUGACUAGCACGCUGCUGCCGGCGCAUGCGCGGAGUGGCUCGGAGGCAGAGGGCGCCGCCGCCGCCACCACGGACGCGGCCGGUGCCGGCGGCGGCGCCGACCCGGCCUCGCCCAGCGCCGCCAACGCCUGAGGAGCUGGAGAGGCCUGAGGAGCCGGCGUUGCCCUGUGACCGCCGCCGGCCGACCCGGCCUCGCCCAGCGCCGCCAACGCCUGAGGAGCUGGAGAGGCCUGAGGAGCCGGCGUUGCCCUGUGGCCGCCGCCGGCCGACCCGGCCUCGCCCAGCGCCGCCAACGCCUGAGGAGCUGGAGAGGCCUGAGGAGCCGGCGUUGCCCUGUGACCGCCGCCGGCGGCUGUCGCCCGGCCGUGACGGGUUAGAGGGCCUUCUCUCAGCGGGGGUCGGGCGGGCUGUGCCAGC